GGCGGGCCGCGCCGCUCGCGGGGGCGGCUCGGCAGCAUGGCGAGCUACCUGCCCCCGUGCGUGAUCGACGGAGGCACCGGGUAUACGAAACUCGGCUAUGCAGGAAAUACGGAACCUCAGUUCAUUAUUCCAUCAUGUAUUGCAAUCCGAGAGUCGGCCAGAGUAGGUGACCAGGCCCAGAGGAGGGUAAUGAAAGGUGUUGAUGACCUAGACUUUUUCAUAGGAGAUGAAGCCAUAGAUAAACCUACCUAUGCUACAAAGUGGCCUAUACGACACGGUAUUGUUGAAGACUGGGACCUCAUGGAGAGAUUCAUGGAGCAGGUCAUUUUUAAGUACCUACGAGCUGAACCUGAGGAUCACUAUUUUUUAAUGACAGAACCUCCGCUGAACACACCAGAAAACAGAGAAUAUCUUGCAGAAAUCAUGUUUGAAUCUUUUAAUAUCCCAGGACUUUACAUUGCUGUUCAGGCAGUGUUGGCCUUAGCUGCGUCUUGGACAUCGCGGCAGGUUGGGGAACGCACUUUGACUGGGAUCGUCAUUGACAGUGGGGAUGGAGUGACCCAUGUAAUCCCUGUGGCAGAAGGCUAUGUAAUUGGAAGUUGCAUCAAACAUAUUCCCAUUGCAGGUAGAGAUAUUACUUAUUUCAUUCAACAGCUCCUAAGAGAGAGGGAGGUGGGAAUUCCUCCUGAACAAUCUCUGGAGACAGCAAAAGCCAUAAAGGAAAAAUAUUGUUACAUUUGCCCCGACAUAGUAAAAGAAUUUGCUAAAUACGAUGGAGAUCCCCGGAGAUGGAUCAAGCAGUACACUGGCAUCAAUGCCAUCAACAAAAGCAAGUUUGUCAUAGACGUUGGCUAUGAAAGGUUCCUCGGACCUGAAAUCUUCUUUCACCCGGAGUUUGCUAAUCCAGACUUUAUGGAAUCCAUUUCGGAUGUAGUCGAUGAAGUUAUACAGAACUGUCCCAUUGAUGUCCGGCGGCCCUUAUAUAAGAAUGUGGUCCUCUCGGGGGGAUCCACAAUGUUCAGGGACUUUGGACGACGACUGCAAAGGGACUUGAAAAGAGUGGUCGAUGCGAGAUUGCGGCUCAGCGAGGAGCUCAGCGGUGGCCGCAUCAAACCCAAGCCAGUUGAAGUUCAAGUGAUAACCCACCACAUGCAGCGUUACGCAGUGUGGUUCGGAGGCUCCAUGCUGGCUUCAACACCAGAAUUUUUCCAAGUAUGUCAUACCAAGAAAGACUAUGAAGAAUAUGGCCCUAGUAUUUGUCGUCAUAAUCCUGUGUUUGGAGUCAUGUCAUAAUGCUUGCCUAAUGGAAACAAGAUCUCUGAUAUCUUGCUGGUGAAGAAACUCAUGUGAAGCAGAGGAAGGCAGCAGGUCCAGGAACUCUGAAGAUAGAUGUGGGUGUCUCUUGGAAGCCUUUGCAUCACCACCAUGCAUCACAGCACAACACACAGCCCCAACUCAUUCAGUAAAAGCCAUUUUUCUGCUGACUACUUUAAAACCGUUUUUCUUCCAAAGUGUGAGCUAAUUGAAAAAUAAGUAAGUCUCUGUUUAGGAGGUUGUGCAAAUACUACUGAAAAUGAAGCUAAAAGGGUAAGGCAGUGUUUGACAGCCCGGGGAGAGGAGAAGAGAUUUAGGCCUUCCCCACCUGUGCCCUGAUUCUGCAAUCAAAUCUCUAGCAAUGGAAGCACUAAUUUUGAUACCACAUUGCCUUCAGGGGACUGGGAAUGGAUGCAGGUACUUGCCCAAACAGAUUAGGUUGCAGGAUUGGGACUGUACUCUGUAAAUGUAGGUUUUUUCGUAUCAUUUUGUAUUUUAUGAUAUUGGUAAGGUGAAUUGAUGACUUGAUCUCAGCACAAAAAACUCAGUGUCAUGGAGUGAUGUUACGCGUUUCCAGGUGU